AUGGCGACCAGCGAAAAACACGAACCGAAACUAAGUGCAACGGAAACUGCAGCUAAUGGUGAAGUAGCCAAGGUUAGUAUAAAAAUACCUCCAUUUUGGACAGAAAAGCCAGAAAUUUGGUUUUACCAAGUGGAGGCGCAAUUUUCCAUUAGUGGUAUUAAAUCGGAGGAAACAAAAUUUCAUUAUUUAAUUGCGCAGAUGGAACCAAGAUUUGUUGAAAAUUUAUGGGAUAUAGUCACUGAUACUAAUGAAAAUAAAUAUACCGCUGCGAAGGAGAGAUUGCUGAAUACCUUUAAAGAAAGCGAAAAUAGACGUAUUCAGCGUCUCGUGUCAGAAAUGGAGUUAGGCGAUUUACGGCCAACUCAACUACUUCAAAAAAUGCGUAGUUUGGCGACAGAUGGGAUUUCGGAUAAUGUGUUGAAAACUCUAUUUCUUCAAAAAAUGCCGGAUUCCAUCCGAAAUAUCCAAAUCGUCAGCAAUGAAGAUAUCCGGAAACUUGCCGAAAUGGCUGACCGUAUUGUAGAAAUGCAUCCGAAUCGGGAAAUAUAUGCUACAUCUAGAAGUGAUAUACAGCAGGAUAGUGAAAUAAAUAGUUUACGUUCACAAAUUGUUUCUUUAGAGCGUAAAAUCAACCGCUUACAACUUGAACGCAGUCGUUCAAGGAGCAGAGCUGCUAAUCAAAACAGUCGGGGGCGCAGCGCGUCUCGUAAACGAUUUAAUCCUGCUGAUGAUGUAUUGAUUGCCUCUUCUAGUCCAGAAGAACAUCGUUCACAUCUCAAAAUAGUUUUUCAACGCUUAAAUGAUUACGGGCUUCGCAUAAAUGUCAUCAAAUCAGUUUUCGGAGUUGAUUCACUAGAAUUUUUGGGCUAUAAAAUUUCGGCUAAAGGAUCAAGGCCUCUGCCUGAAAAAGUAAAGGCCAUAUUAGAGUAUCCGUUGCCAAACACCCUUCAAAAAUUGCGUACAUUUUUAGAUACAUUAUCGAGAAUUGCUAAUGUUAACCUGCCAUCUAUAGACUAUGAUCAAAUUGCUGAUGCCCAAAUUGAUGAUGACGAACUGAAACAACUGCGACUUUACAAUAAAUCAUUGAAAUUUAAGCAGUGUCAACUUCCAUCCGGAAAAUCUUUAUGGUGCGACACAUCUACAUCAAAGAAAUAUCCUGCAGUUACUAAAUUGCCAGACCCUAAUCAGCCUGUUAAACAAAAUACUGUGCAUUAUAUCAAUACCAAAGGUCCUCCUGUCUCAGCUAAACCUAGAAAGUUAGCUCCAGACAGGCUAAAAAUAGCCAAAGCUGAAUUUCAGCGCAUGAUCCAUCUUGGUCAUAUGAGACCUUCUAUAAGUUCAUAUUCUUCUCCUUUGCACAUGGUGUCUAAAAAAGGAUCUAUUGAAUGGCGACCGGUUGAUAACUAUCGUGCACUUAAUGCACAAAACGUCAAAGACAAAUAUCCCAUUGUCUGUAUUGCUGAUUUUACAUCUGAAUUGCAUGGUAAACAAAUGUUCAGUCACAUCGAUCUCGCAUACCAUCAAAUUCUUAUCAACCCUGAUGAUGGGCAUAAAACUGCAAUAUGCACUCCAUUUGGCCUUUUUGAGAGCUUGCGAAUGCAGCACAAAAACAAAAAGAAACAUCCUCGUCCCAAAGCUCCCAAUUCUACUGAGCAAUUACAAUGGAACUAUGCUGCAAUAAUUUCCCUCAAUGCUUCUAAAGAAGCAUUUGCUAAAGCAACGCUUUUAAGACAUCCCAUACCUGGUGAUAAAUUAAGCUUGUGGGUAGAUGCUUCGAACGCAGCUGUUGAUGAAAUUUCCCCUACUGUAAUUGAUUUUAAGGAAUUCGCUUCUGCUCAAUCAAUUAACGACGGACUACAACAGCUUUUAAAGUCCAAUAAUUCCUCUUUAAAAAUUAAGGAACAGUAUUUAUCUCUUGAGGACAUUCAUCUGUAUUGUGAUAUACCUCAAAACAACCCCGACCUUUUGUUCCUAAAAACAUGUGGCAACUAA